ACGAAAGCAUUCUUAGCAACGGGCAUGGCGACGGGGAAGCUUUGCCUUAGCCCUCAGCUGCUAAUGAGCUAAUAUUUUGUUAGCAUUACAUUACCUUGAUUAUAUCACUGCGUUUAAAAAAAUGUUUACAGUUAACUGCACUGUCGUGUUUGGAUGUGUCCAAGCUCCGCUGUCACUGCCCCGGAAUAUUUACGAGGAGAAUGGGAUACGCUGACUGGAACCCUGCCAUGGAAUCGCGAACAGGGAGUGUGUCAUCUGGACUGGGGAGCAGCCCUGGUACGAGAGGACAGAGCUUGAAGAGUAGCCCGUUUUGCCCUCGCUCCUCAAGCAAGUUGACGCAGUCCAUCGUUAGAGACCACAUGGUGUCUCAUUACAAAAAGGUUUACUCAGCUAAAGCUGCCAUUGAUGCCUCAGUACCCAAAAGCAUGAUACAUAGUGUAAAAUACAAUGACCAGAUCAGGCAGGAACGCCUGAGGAAAGGGGGUCGUCCUCAGUCAGCCCAUUCUCUCUCACAGAACAGUAGCAGAGCCUCCUGCUCCUCAGCCCAGAGUACAAUAUCUGUGCAGUAUGAUGACAACCCAUACCUCUGCUCGAGGAGCUCCAUUGUCUCCAGCCCAAGGUUCAGCACCUCCUUUCAUGCCAAGGAGAUUGUUUAUCAAUCACGUAGACUGGACCAUCCCCAUCACGCUCGCCCUGCAUCAGGAUUUAACUCCUGCAGCCCAGAGUCAGCUUUGCACAGAAAGCAGUCAUGUUCACUGGCAGCUUCGGGAGAUCAGGGUCGCUACAAGACUUUCCAGGACCCUGCCCAGAAGACGUACAGCGGAGACCUGCUCCAGAAACACUCACAGCACUUUACCCAGGACAAACCUUUCACCCCAAAGACCCUGAAAUCAGAUAAGAGUUCAUACCUGGCAAAAUAUCGCUACUACAGAGAACCACGAAAGAAGCCUACUCAGGACUGCACCAGCUCCAACUCCAAUUUGCAACAGGAGACAUGUCACAGAAGCACAAAAAACAAGGAAUAUACACAGGAAUUUGAUGAACCAUCUCAGGGAUUUAUUACAGAGCACGAGUGGUCUGAGGAUGAGUUCAACGACACAUGUUUCUCAGAAUCUAGACAGCAGAGUCGAGUAAACAAGAGCAGAGACCAUUAUUUAUUUGACUCCUCAUCCAGGUUUUCAACAGGAGGCAGGAAAUCUCCAAUAAUGAAGCAAGUGUCUGCAGAGGAAGAAGAAUUAGUGUACCUCGAAUUUAUUUCUGCUGUAACAGAGGAUAUCUUGUCCAGGGGGCAUAUCUCUGAAAGGGUCCUAGAUAGGGUGAUAAAGCGCCAUAUCGACAUGAAUCGGCAUCAGCUUGAUGAGGGUAAAAUGCGCCACCUUCUGGUAGUGCUGCGUAAAGAUUUUGAAGCGCCAACCAAUAAAUCCAACUCCAGUGCAGAGCUUAAAAAAAAGGAGAAUGAUCUGCUCGACUCACUCCUACCAUAUCUGGGAUCCGGGGGGAAACAAAUGAAGACCAAAGAAGAUGAUGACAUGAUCCCCUUUGCGUCUCUUGUUAAAUACUGUGAUUCUUCCAAUUACACUGAUGGCUUAUCAGUGUCUCCCGAAAGGACUGCUUCACCAACAAACACGAAUGAAAAAGACAAGGAGAGAGACAACCAGGAAAAUUGCACUGGCUCUCCUUUGCUCAGUGAGUAUGUCACUGAUAAUACAGGUGUCAGUGAAGAGGACUUCCAACACAAUCAAGUAGGCACAACUGCAACAAACGAAGAAGUCUGCAAUGAAAACCAUGAAAAGUCUGCAAUGAACAGUGAUGAAGGAUUUGAUCAAGACCACGGCGAGGUCAGUCACGAUAGACAUUCGAAAGAGCUCGAAGAUCUGGGUAGAAGUCUGUCAGAGUCUCUUCAUGUGUCCAGCAAUACAGACUGUCACAGUGUGGAGGCUGCCGAUGAGCAGCACGCAAAUACAGUUGCUUCUGACAGUGAUGAUGAGUUCUGAGUUUUCAGGGAUUGAAAGUGUUUUGGUUACAGAGUGAGAGUAAUUUGUUUUUUUGAGUUUUUCUGAGAGUAUAGUUUUGUAAAUGUGAUUUUAACACUGGUCAAGUAUUUUUUACAAGCUCCUUUAAUGAGGUAAUAGUUUUAUCCUGCUUAUUUAAUAUAUAUAUUUUUUAUAAAAGUACUGAGAUUUUCACAUAAACAAAGUCUUGCAAGUAAACGCGGUUGAGCUGCAAUUGCUGCCCAAAGUAGUGCUCUGAACAUUUUCCAAAUCAUUGCUCCGUGUAACUAUAGUGUGAUGUGUGAUUUGCACAUUUGCAAAGGGUAGCUCAUAGCACUGCACUAAUAUCAGAUGUGUGGAAUUAAUUGGAUGAAUUAGUGGCACCUUUUAGUUGUAGUGGUUUGCAGUGUGCCUGGUACGAUGUUGCUUCAUUUUUCAGAUUUCUAGAAGAGCUUUUUUUGUGAUAAAAAAAUAAACCUAUAACUGUUUAGUGUUUCACUUGACAUAAUGCCUCUGACAUGUAGCUACUAGGAGUUGACUGCCACCAGAAAGUGUCUUUGAAACUGCAAUAAAAGUUCUAUACCUCUGA